AUGCCUCCGUUCCUAGGCAUGCCCCCGUCUCCAUUGGAGCCUGCGCCCCCGGCGGAGCCUGCGCCCCCGGCGGAGCCUGCGCCCCCGGCGGAGCCUGCGCCCCCGGCCGCAUCCACAGACACAGCUGCGCCCGCGGCUGCACCGUCCGCGCAUGCGCCGGACUCCGCGUCCGCAGCGUCUACGUCUUCUGCCGUCCGCGGCUCCGCCCGCAGCGUGGCCUCCAGCGUCAGCGUCGGCGGCGCCUGUGUCUCCGCCUGCAGCUCAGGCUGCGCCGUCCGUGCCGGUGACGCCGUCCGCCAGUGCGCCCGACGCUGUGUCCGCGACGUCUACGCCAUCUACGUUGUCUACGCCUUCUACGUUAUCUACGUCAUCCACGUCUGCGUCGUCCGCGGCUCCUCUGCGCACGUCCUCGGCCUCGUCUACGCGCACAGCCGGGUCCGGGGCUGCGUCGGCUCCGUCUCGGUUCACACCGUCCGCGGAUGCAGCCGAGUCUACGUCCGUGACGUCUACGCCAUCGACGUCCACCACGUCAUGUGCGAUCAUGUAGGCCACGCGUUCGGAUCCAGGCUGAGCAGGAGGAAGGGACGGGGCUGGAGGGCCCGGGACUCCCCAUCACCUCCACGCAAACCCCGGCUGCUGCCAGGGAUCGAGGCCCGCUCCGGCCUGCUGCUGCCCCUCACGCCACGGGGCCCUGUGGGGCAGGGUGGAGCUCCCCGAGAUUGGGCCUGGGGGGGCUCCCCGCUCCUCCCUGUCCCUCGGCCUGUCCCGACGGCGGCCUGCGAGCUCCCAGCCGGACUCCGCUCCUGGAGCCGCCUGACUCCUGUCUCGGGGCCUGCGCGCACGCCCGCGUCCACGCCGCGGCUCUGGGGGCCAAUCCGCCCUUGGGCCUGCGGUGCGGUGCUGUGCGCUAGGUCUGUGCGGAUCGCCAGAGCUGCAGCCGAGCCCCGCCCCGCCACAGCUCCGCCCACCGCCGCCGCCGCGCGCGUCUGCGCCUGCGCCGCGCCGGCCACCUCGACGGCCGCGUCGAGUCCACCGUGCGCGCACACGCCCGACGCUGCGCCCGAGUCUCCGCCAGCGACGUCUCCGCCGUCUGCGUCCGCCUACGCCGCCGGCGCGCACCCUGCCUACGCCAUCUGCGUCUGUGCGGAAGGCUGCGCGGCCCCGGGACGUGCAUGGUGGACGCGGGAACGGCCGCAGGAUGCCUCGGAGAAGAGGCCCCGUCAUCCCCGGCUCUGA